GUGAUUUGAUAUAUCAUUCUCCAUUCAUAUAGCAAAUGGGUGAGGAGGCAAAACAGGAACACCCCAAGGCUGAAGUCAAGCCGGAGGAGAAGAAAGAGGAAAAGCCAGCAGAGGAGAAGAAAGAAGAGCCUAAACUACCAUCCCCAUGUGUGUUGUUUGUGGACUUGCAUUGUGGAGGAUGUGCCAAGAAAAUUGAGAGAUACAUUAAGAAAAUGAGAGGAGUUGAGGGAGUGGCAACUGACAUGGCUAAAAAUGAAGUGACCAUAAAGGGUAUUGUGGAGCCUCAAGCGAUUUGUAAUUACAUUACCAACAAAACAAAGAGAACAGCUAAAGUUAUAUCUCCAUUGCCUGCUGCAGAAGGAGAACCUAUACCACAAGUUGUUAAUUCUCAGGUUAGUGGACCAGAAACUGUGGAACUUAAUGUAAACAUGCACUGUGAGGCCUGUGCUGAGCAACUCAAGAGAAAGAUACUCCAAAUGAGAGGAGUUCAAAAAGCAGUGACAGAGUUUAUCACAGGGAAGGUUACUGUGACAGGAACCAUGGAUGCAAACAAGCUAGUGGAUUAUGUCUAUAGACGCACCAAAAAGCAAGCCAAAAUAAUUCCCCAGCCAGAACCUGAACCAGAAAAGAAAGAAGAGAGUAAAGAAGCUGAGAAACCUGCAGCAGAAGAGGCUAAACCUGAAGAGAAGAAAGAAGAGGAGAAACCAACAGAGGAACCCAAGAAAGAAGAGGGUGGUGACAAUAAGAAUGAGAACAAAGAAGAAAAGAAUGGUGAAGAAGAAGCCAAGAAAGAAGACAACAGGUUGGUGGUUAACAUUGAUGAGCAAGGCAUGAAGAGGAUGAUGUACUAUUACCAAUACCCUCCACUCUAUUAUUCCUUUGAACGAAUCCCUCCGCCUCAGCUCUUCAGUGAUGAAAAUCCUAAUGCUUGCUGCAUUUCAUAA